GACGUUAGGAUCCUGGAGCCCAAUGUCAUUUCUUCACAAAAAUCUUGCAAAAUGGCGUUGUCUGUUCCCAAAACUUCCUUCCAACACAUGCUCAAAGAUGGUGCAAAGCAUAUGAAAGGCCUUGAAGAGGCAGUGUUUCGAAAUAUCGAAGCCUGCAAAGAAAUAACGAAAAUCACAAGGUCUUCGUAUGGUCCAAGUGGGUUGAACAAAAUGGUGAUCAAUCAGCUUGAGAAGUUAUUUGUGACAAGCGACGCAGCAACUGUUAUCAAAGAACUUGAGGUCCAACAUCCAGCUGCAAAAAUGUUGAUACUUGCAUCUCAGAUGCAAGAACAAGAGGUUGGAGAUGGUACAAAUUUUGUGAUGGUUUUUGGUGGAGAACUUCUCACAAAAGCUGAAGAACUCUUGCGUAUGGGUCUUUCACCACCUGAAGUGAUUGAAGGUUUUGAGAAGGCCUGUCAGAAAGCUUUAGAAAUAUUGCCAGAUUUGACAUGCCAUACAAUAAAAGAUAUACGAGAUUCAAAAGAAGUCGCAAGAGCCAUCAAAUCCUCUGUUGCAAGCAAGCAGUACGGAAAUGAAGAUUUUCUCUGUGAACUACUAACAAAAGCUUGCGUUCCCAUCCUACCAGAGUCUGGUUUAUUCAACGUCGAUAAUGUUCGAGUCGUGAAGAUAUUGGGUUCGGGCGUCCACAGUUCUGACGUCAUCCAAGGAAUGGUCUUCAAACGCGAAGUGGAAGGAAAUAUCACGAAAGUUGUAGAUGCUAAGAUCGUCGUAUUCUCGUGUCCGCUUGAUUCAAUGGGGACUGAGACGAAGGGCACGGUUCUCAUAAAAAGUGCUGCGGAACUAAAGGCAUUCAGCCCAGGUGCUGAAAAUCUACUAGAAAAUCAAAUCAAGAGUUUAGUUGAUGUUGGUUGUAAUCUCGUAGUUACCGGUGGAAAAGUAGGCGAUAUGGCGCUUCAUUUUUGUAAUAAAUAUAAUCUAAUGGUUGUAAGGUUAACCUCUAAGUGGGAAUUACGUCGACUAUGCAAAGCUGUUGGCGCGGUUGCACUGCCGAAAAUGGCAAAACCUACAGCGGAAGAAAUAGGUCAUUGCAAUAUGGUACAGGUUGACGAGGUUGGUGAUACCUCUGUUAUCGUCUUCAAGCAAGAACGAGAGGAAAGCGCAAUCUCGACCAUCGUCGUGCGUGGCUCGACGGACAGCAUAAUGGAUGAUAUAGAAAGAGCCGUUGACGAUGGUGUAAACACGUAUAAACAAUUGACGAGGGACGGACGGUGUUUACCGGGUGCUGGAGCCACGGAAAUCGAGCUCGCCAUGCAGUUGGCUACUUAUGCCGAGACGUUCUCCGGUCUGGAGCAGUACGCAAUCAAGAAGUUUGCCGAAGCGCUUGAGGUGUUCCCCAAAAUUCUCGCGGAAACUUCAGGAGUGAAGGGUAAUGAGGUGAUUUCAAAACUAUACGCAUCGCAUAACGACGGACAGAAGAAUUCUGGCUUCGAUAUAGAGGCUGGAAAUGCGAGUCUUAAAGAUGUCUCGGAAGCUGGUAUAUACGACAUGUUUCUUGUGAAGCAAAAUGCUAUCAAGAUGGCGUCAAAUGCAGCCGUAACUAUACUAAGAGUUGAUCAGAUCAUAAUGGCUAAACCUGCUGGAGGUCCUAAACCCAAAGCCGGCGGAAACCGGGAUGAUGACUAAAGAUCCUCGGUCAGACAUUCAAGAAACUUUAUCCUUUUCCCCUAGUAAACAAUAUAGCUAUCAAAUCCACAAUAUCUCGCCUGGUAGAAAAUCCCGACGCCUAAUAUGCCUGCAAAAACUGACGAUCAAAAAAGAAUAUGUCACCCAAAGGAUUGAAAUAUAUUAUUUAUCCAUAGUUGA